CGCCAAGAAGGAACCCCCACACAACCCCAACCGUUGAAGAGCUUGCCCAAACUGUCCAACAAAUGGCACAACUUAUCGGAGCGGCUCAAUCCUCGAACCGUGGGAUUGAUUACGCAACAAGAGUAGCCGGGCGGAACCCUCCAAAAUAUUUGGGCGAGGAGGACCAUCUUAUUUUGGAGGACUGGAUUCGCACCUUCGACAAACUCUUUGACUCACUCAACUGCCCGUUGGAGCAGCGAGUGAACAUUGCGGUGUAUUACCUGCACCAAGAAGCGGACCACUGGUGGGCCGCCACCGGACCAGCACUUCUCGAGCAACCGGGCUUUGACUGGGAGGACUUCAUAGUAGCUCUGCGUGAUCGCUUCUAUCCGGAUCACGUAAAGGAGGCAAAUUAUGACGAAUUUGUCAAUUUCAAGCAAGGUGACUUGACUGUUCAGGAAUAUCACACGAGGUUCGUCCAAUUGGCUCGUUUUGCCAAAGACCUUGUGUCAACCGAGGCCAGCAUGACCCGCAGAUUUGUUAACGGGCUUAACUACGGGGCCCAAAAAUUCGUGACUGUAGCAGAGCCACGAAACCUGAACGAGGCAUAUAGGAAGGCUGGUAAGUACUAUCUGGUACACCAGAAAGAAAGAGAGGCACAGAAGAGAGAUCGAAAGAAUGCUGAAAUGGAGCAGCAACAAAAGAAGGCUAGAACUGACCGCCCGGAACAACGUCAAAACAAUCAAGGCGGGAGAACCAUCCAUGGCCAUGGUCAGGGGAGAAUCCAGCCAACUCAAACACGGUACUACAAAUGCAAACUAUGCCCAAACAACCAUCCUGGGAAGGAUUGUGCAGGGAACGCGGUGAAGUGUUAUAACUGCAACCGUAUGGGGCAUAGGGCGUAUGAGUGCCUGGAUGAGAAGAAACCCCGGAUCCAGGGCCAAAACCAGGGGAACAACCGGACCGGGGGUGGGGAUAAUCACAUUAACAACAACCGUGGUAAUCCCGGAAGCCGAUCAACGGAGGGCAACCGUAACCCGGGCCAGGG